GAUAACCAUAAUAAAAAUUAUUAUUAUCUUAAUUAGUAUUUAGAUAAUAUAUAUUAUUUAAUACAUCAGAUUUACAAGGCAAACUUAGAUAGUAACAAAAUCUUUGGUAAUGUGGAACUGUAUAGAAUUGAUAAUAGCAAGUAGUCUGAUAUGGCUUUAUUUGCAAACGGCAUGCGUAUUUCUAAUAAAUUGCAUUUACUUAACGGUGCCAUGGUUCAUUUGGGGUAUCAUCGCAUUAUAUCUUUUUAUUAUGUUUGGUGCUAGAGUACCUCCACCUAACAUUGAUGUUGUAAAUAAAGUUCUUGGUAUUGAUCCUAUAAAGCUUAAUGAAAAAUAUAACGAUAAUGAUGAAGAAUAUUCCAUGAAAGUCGUAGCUCAUAGAGGCGCGGGAUAUGAUUAUCCAGAAAAUAGCCUAUCUGCUUAUCGCUAUUGCUAUCAAAAAGGUUGUGAUGGAAUUGAAAUCGAUUUAAAUUUAACAAAGGAUAAUAUUGCUAUUGUAUUUCAUGAUUCUACCAUUGAUCGCUUGACUGGAAUAAGUGGUUAUAUUAGAGAUAUGACAUGGAGCGAACUGAAAGAUUAUGAUAUUUCUGCAAAUCACCCUCUUAGAAGUAAACUUUUCCCUGAAGGUGCAAAAAUAGCGCUAUUCGAUGAAGUACUGAAGGAAUUUUUACAAAAUGAUAAACGUAUGUUUAUAGACAUAAAAGUACAUACUAACGAAAUAAUUGAAACAGUUUUAAAUGCUUUCAAAAAACAUCCACAGCUUUAUGAAAAAGCAGUUAUAAGCACAUUUAAUCCAAUUACAGUUUAUACGAUUAGGAAAAGAGAUCCUGGUAUUGUAGCAGGUAUAGCAUGGAGACCUCGAAUAUUUUCUAUGAAUAAUUAUAAUGGAAUAGAUGGACCAUAUAAACCUCGUUACAAUAAUUUAUUUAAACAAAUUGGAGCUGUAAUUGUUGAUAUCAUUCACAAGUGGGCACUAGAAAAUGUAACAUACUAUAUUCUUGGAUUAUCUUUUCUAUUACUUCACAAAGAUGUUAUUAGUUUAGAAUGCAUUCGCCAAUGGAAUAAUCGAGGAAUUCGAAUAGUUGCUUGGACUGUGAAUUUGCCUACUGAAAAAAUACAUUUUGCAAAAAAUCUUAAAGUUACAUACUUAACUGAUACACUACUUUCAUAAAGAAAUAAAACAGUUAUAAAAUAUAACUUUGCACAAAUUGUAAAGCAACUGUUCUGUGUUUAAGUUGAUUAUCUUUAGGAAAGAUUUUUUAUUAAUAUUGAAGAUGACUUGUUAUAGUUAA